AUGCUGCAAUUUGAUUAAGAGAAACCUAUUGGAAAUUUAUAUAAAAUUACUACUAAGCUUGGAAGUGGUUCAUUUGGAGAAGUUUUCAAAGGAGUAAACAUGGAAACUAAUGAGAUUGUAGCAAUUAAAUUGGUAAAAUUUGAAUUUGAUUAAAUUUAUUUAGGAAAGUUAAGAAGCUCAAAUGCCUCAAAUUAAACAUGAAUUUUAAAUAUUAUCUGCAAUUUAAGGAAAUGGUAUAUUGAUAUUCUUAUCUUAGGUAUUCCAAAAGUACAUUGGUUUGGACUAUGGGAGGAUAAAACAGUGAUGGUUAUGGAAUUGUUGGGUUAUAAUUUAGAACAACUCUUCAAUUUGGUUAACCGAAGAUUCGAAUUAAAGACCAUGUUAAUGCUUAUAGAUUAAAUGGUAUUUUUAUGAAAAGAUCUAUUAGUUUUUAGAUAGAUAUUAUAUCUCUCCUCCAUUCAAAAGGAUAUAUAUAUCGUGAUAUCAAGCCAGAAAAUUUCUUAAUGGGAAUCAAUAAAAAAUAUAACACAAUUUACAUAAUUGAUUUUGGUUUAUCUAAAAAAUAUAAGGAUAAAAAGACCGGAGAGCAUAUUCUUUACAAAGAAAAUAAAGGAUUAAUUGGAACAGCCAGGUAUGUCAGUUUAAAUACACACCUUGGGAUAGGUAUAUUAUUUAUUUAAAAUUAAGAGUAAAGCAGACGAGAUGAUAUGGAAUCUUUGGGAUAUUUAUGGUUAUAUUUUCUAAAAGGAUCUUUACCUUGGCAAGGUCUAAAUGUAAACAACAGGGAAGAAAAGUAUGAAUUGAUUAAAACAAUAAAAUAAACUAUUUCAGUUGAGGAUUUAUGUAAUGGAUUGCCUAAUGAAUUUGUAAAGUACUUUCAACACUGUAGAUAACUUAAAUUUGAAGAAGAACCAGAUUAUAAGAGGUUUAAAAUGUUGUUUAGGGAUUUAUUCUUUAAAUUAGAUUUUGUUUGGGACUACUAAUUUAAUUGGAUUGAUUCACUCUAACAAGAAUAAAUCCAAUCUAUUAUGCCGACCAGAAAUAGCAAGAACUCUUUAUCAAGUCAUAAAGGAGGAAGUAUUAUUUACUCAAAUAUUGAGGUUAUAAUCUGAAGACAGAAGAGGAAGACGAAGUCAUAGAAAAAAUUGAAUUCAAAAUUGGAGGGGACUCUCAGGCGAAUUAAAAAAAUGUUAAACCAAUUAUAAAUAUAGAUAAACUCAUUAGCAAACCAAAUUUAUUUGAAAGUAUUUUCAAAUGA